AUGGUAGUUCAAUUACUAAACCAAGGAGCUGGCUAUGGUGUUCUUGUCGGAGUUGGUGGCUUUUUCGCUAUUGGAAUCGUCAUAGCCACUCGCCUAAUGGGCAAAUAUCUUCAUGAAAAUUCUCAAUCUACUGAAAUGUUCAUGGUUGCAAACCGAACUGUGGGGGUUGGACUCACUGCUUCAGCGGUAUACUCUUCCUGGACUUGGGCAACCGAGCUUCUUUGGUGCUCUACAAUGGUAUACCUCUACGGGGUCCAAGCAUCGUAUUGGUACGGAGCUGGUUUAGCGGUGCAGAUCUGUGUCAUGGGCCUUCUAGGAAUUGAGGCGAAAAAGAAGAUACCCACGGGACAUACAUGUCUCGAAAUUGUGGAAUUACGUUAUGGCCGAUCAGGGCAUGUUCUUUACAUGUUUCUUUGUCUAGUUAAUAACCUUCUUAGUUCCUCGUCGAUGAUUUUGGGGGCUGCUGGAGCCAUUUCUGCAAUCUGUAGCGAUCUACAUAUUGUGGCUGCAACAAUGUUGAUACCAUUUGGAGUAUUGCUUUACACAGCAGUUGGGGGGUUGAAAAGCACGUUUCUUACGGAUUACAUUCAUUCUCUCGUUGUUCUUAUCGUUUUAUGCUAUAUAUGUACAAAAGCUCUCGUUAGUGAGCAUUUAGGAGGAAUUGACGGUAUUUAUAAUCUGAUUCGUGAAAAAGAACUUGCUGGAACAGCCACUUAUAUUGCAGGAAAUUAUCAAGGAUCUUAUUUAACUGGAAAGUCUCAAGGCGCAAUCUAUUUUGGAAUUAUUCAUGCCGUAGGUGAUUUUGGAUUAACAGUUAUGGAUUCUUCCUUUUGGCAGAAGUCUUUCAGUGCCGACGUACGAGCCUCUGUUCCAGGAUAUCUUCUUGCUGCCUUUACCAUAUUUGCUAAUGUUUGGCCCUUAGGAACGAUAGUUGGGUUGGGGAAUGUCAUUAUAGAAGAUAAUCCAAUCUUUCCAACUUACCCAGACAAAAUGAGUUCUUACGAGAUUAAUUCUGGUCUAGGACUUGUAUAUACAACCAAGGCUCUAAUGGGAAAUGGUGGACUCGGGGCACUUCUUUUGAUCAUUUAUCUUGCUGUGACAUCUACAGUAAGUGCUCAAAUGAUUUCUGUUAGUUCUAUUAUUUCUUUUGACAUUUAUAGAAAAUAUUUCAAACCUCAUGCUACAGAUAAACAGCUUAUCAAUGUAUCUCAUGCAGGUGUUGUCUUCUUUGGUUUAUUUAGCGCUGGUUUCAGCGUAAUGCUCCAUUAUGUUGGAGUCGAUAUGACAUGGUUGGGUUACUUUUAUUCGAUGUUAAUUUGUCCUGGUGUUAUUCCAAUGAUUUUAUUAAUUACCUGGGAUGGUCAAACUAAAUUGGCGUUUAUAAUAUCACCUAUAGUCGGAAUGUUGAGUGGAUUGGCCAUUUGGUUGGUUACUGCCUGGAAGCUCUACGGGUCUGUGACAAUUCUCACUACGGGACAACAAUUGCCUUGUAUGUAUGGAGGUCUAACCACUCUCCUUCUUCCUGGAAUUCUUAGUGUGGUAAUCAGUUUGUUAAAGCCCUCUAAGUUUGACUGGGGAAAAUUAAAUGCAGAGUCUCAAUUGAUUGUCGAUGAAAAGAGUCUGGAGAUUUCUUCGGAAAUUGUCGAAGCUGCUUCAAAAGAAAAAGUUUUCGACGAAGAGAAAGGAGAAGCUGUUGAUGAAUCUAGAGAAAUUGAUAACUUGCUGUAUGAGGGAAGGGGUAUCACGUAUACUCAAGAAGAAGUACGUCUUAUCGACUUAUACAGAAAAAUUGUCCUUGGAGCUUCGAUCUUUGUGCUCAUUAUCACCUGGGUCGUUUGGCCGUUGCCACUUUACCGUGACUGGAUCUGGUCAAUUGAAUAUUUCCGAGGUUGGACCGUUAUGGGUUUGGUUUGGGUGUACAUGGCACUCAUUAUUAUUGGACUUUUCCCACUUUGGGAUGGGCGACAUUCAUUGGCAAAAAUCUUCCGUGGAAUACUAGGAAAACGAGCUAUUGAGUAA